UGUAUUAGCAACGGAGGAACUACCAUAACUCUAGUUUCAGCCCAUCAUUAUAGAUAUGGAGGAAAGGUUAGUGCUCACUGGAGGAAAGUAGACGUUUGGACCUCCUCACAAGCGGAAGUGAUGGAUCGGUACGUACGGGUGAAGAAAAUCGGCGAAGGGUCAUUUGGAAAAGCGUUAUUAGUGAAAAAGAAGAGCGAUGGAAAACAGUAUGUCAUUAAGGAGAUCAGUAUUUCCAAGGUGUGUUAGUCUUAAACUUAAUAUCCUACUUUUUCCGUAUAAAUAAUGAUUCAGAUUAUUUCUUACUUAAAACAUGUUCAAAGCUCUCAUAGCAUCAGUAACAUGGCGACCGCGGCUUCCUUUUAUAGCUUUUUUUAAUUUUAUCUUGGUGUGCAGAUGUCUCCGAAAGAGAGGGAGGAAUCCAGAAGAGAGGUGAAUUUCUUGCUGUUGUUCUUUGUGUGAACGUUAUUAUUAUUUUAUAAAGCUAAUGAAACAAAUCUGUGCAUACAGUGUAUGUACAUUGUUAAGUAUGUGCGGCUGCUGUAUUUUUGAUUCGUGAGGUUAGCUUGUAUAAGCAGAUGAAAGUGUGCGCGUGUAGAUUUUAUUAAAAAAAGAUCUAAUUGAUAAGACUGCUAGAACUGAUUUUGCACGGGGACUGUCACAGUUAAUGAUAUUUACUCACAGUGAAAGUUCUAGUCACCCAUUGUGCUCAGUUUACACUGCCAGGUUUCAUCGUAGUUCUGUUUAUUAACUUCAUAACUUCAACCUGCUUACCUGCUAUAAUAUGUGUUGGUAUUUUUCAUCACUUUUGAUUACAUGUAGUAUGAUUGCUAGAAAGAUCUGUCAAUUUACAGUUGGGUCACGGAAAUUUGGUCUUAUUAUUUAGGGCAUCAUAAUUCCAUUAAUCAAUAUGGCUGAUUAUCUUUCUGGGCUGAACUUAUGGUCAUAAUAAUUAUUGUCUGAGUGAAAGCACUCUACAUUAUUGCAUCCAAGGGUGCUUUUACUGAAAAGAACGGCCCCUCUCCCACCCUAACUACCUUUUCGUCAGCUACACGUAACAGUUAAAAAAAGUACUGUAUAUCCCAUCUGUCUCACAAUUAUCUAGCUAAUUGCAAAAAAAUGACCCGUGUGAUGAGAGAAAGGGCCGCUGUCACUCAGGAACUGUAGUGUAUCUAGAUAUUCACAAGCUUUUUGUUCUCUGAAUUUUGUAAUUAUUUGUUUUGUUCUAGGUGAAGGUUUUAGCCCAGUUAAAACACCCUAACAUUGUAUCAUAUCAAGAAUCGUUUGAAGGUAAGACCAAUGCAAGCACAUUUUGGGGCAACCCAAGUUUAAAGUCAUCAUCAUCUGUAGCCUAUACCACAAGUACUCCAUAAUUUCCUUAGGGAUAGAGGAGCAUGCCAAAAUUUUGUGCAUGAAAAUUUUAUAAAGUAAGGAUAGAGAUGUGGAGAGGGAAGAGAGGACAUGAGGACGGAACUUAAUCCCAGGUGUUUGACAUUAGCUAUUGCUCUCACAAUGCAAAAAUGUGAUUUGCUCUUCAUUUCGGGGUAAAGUAACACUUGUCAGAAACGUUAUAGCCCCAGUUGUUUAAAGGGUUGAAAGGGCUGACAAUGCUGUCCACUUGAUAAAUUUCUAUCCAACGUAUAACAUAAUAAUUGUUUCUCCCAAUACUUAUCCACUGGAUAGUGAUUUAUCCAACAUUUGAUCAACUGAGGCCUGGCCACUAAAAAUGAGAAAGAUUUAGUUGAAUUAUUUGAUGAUUGGACAAAAUACAAGAAGUACUGUCAUGUAAGAGAUGGCUAUGGUACAAAUAAACACAAAGUUUAUGCCAGUAUUGUGAAACUGUAUUUACAGUACCAGAGUGAGAAAAAAGCAAACUUUAUCAAUGUUUAGCUCUGUCACAUACAAAGUGAGUGGUAGUCUCUCUGUAUACAGUGUGGGUAUGUUUUUAAAACUCUCACCAAAUCAUUCCUUUUUGCCACUCAAAUCUUCGUCAUCAAAAAAUGCCAGUAACUUGCAAAUAUACUGGAAAGCACUUAUAGCUGUACAUUGAAAACUGACUCAUCAGAACCUACCUGUAGAUUAAUUUUUUGAGUUCAGGUGCAGGUUAUAUUCUUUGUCUGCUUUUUCAUGUUUUCUCCAGAGAAUGGAAAUCUUUAUAUUGCCAUGGACUAUUGUGAAUCAGGUAUUAUUAUGACUGUAUGAUUAGUAAAACUUGAUAAUAGUAAGAGAGUAGCAUCAAAUUGCAUGCAUUCCACUUACUUCAGACAAGUAGCGGUUGGCAACUUUUGCAUACCAGGCUUAGUUUACACAUACGUUUACACAUAGUUGGAAGAUGAGUUCAGCAUUGUGCUCUAGCAGCACCCAGUGGCUCCUGGCACCUUGCUCUUGGAAUUGAAUGGACACAGUGGAUAGGCUAAUAAAAUAAUAAUAGAAAAUAUUUAUAUAGCGCCUAUACUUUUCAUUGCUAAGCGCUAUAGGCUGCACAGUGGUUGUACAGGUUCAGAGCAUUGGGCUUCCUUCAAUUUUUCCUAGAGCACAGCAAAGGAGUUAAUGGGCCCUUGCUUGUUUGCGAAGUGACAGUGAACAGUUUAAUACUUGCUCAGGAGGAAAAUCUACUUGUCCUGUUAUGUACAAGCAGGCCAGAUAUUUUUUAAGCCCCAUUUAUGCUGGGUGCUACAUGCACACCGUCAGUUCAAAAUUUCUAGCUUCCUUAUGUAGCUCACUUUAUCUGCCAAACAUAAUUUGCCUUUUUUAUAGGUGACUUGUAUAAGAGAAUUAACAACCAACGUGGAAUUCAGAUGUCAGAGGAACAGGUAAGGAGUAAUAAGUUAAUGCAAAUGUUUAAAACAUGAACAGCAGUGUCUUAGCAAGUUUAAUGUGAUCAAAGUAUCAUAAUUUUACUGGUCUUGACAUGUGCUUUGACUAUUUUGAACCACUUCAAAAACAUGGCCUCAGAUUUGUGCAUUUCGGCUAUGAUUUACUUGUGUUGAUGUACUUUUAAGAAAUGACAAAUGGCCUUCAAUAUUGCACUGUACAUUCUCUUUUUGUAGGUUUUAGACUACUUUGUACAGAUAUGCUUGGCACUGAAACAUGUUCAUGAUAGAAAGAUACUUCAUCGGGAUUUAAAAUCUCAGGUAUGCUAUGAAUUCUAUUUUUUCGCGGCGUGGAUAAUCCUGGGUGUAUGGAAAUUAGAAAACUCUAACUUGUACAUGGAUGCUCUGUUUUAGAACAUAUUCUUAACAAAGAAUGGAAUUGUGAAGUUAGGAGAUUUUGGAAUUGCGAGAGUUUUACACAGGUACAGUAUGAUUAUUUUUUUAUGGACUAGAUUUAAUAUUUUGCCUUUAGCCCUUUAAGCAUUCUUAGCUCCUCAGAUUAAUUUAGGCAUACAUAUAUACGUAUAAGCCAUGAAAUCUUCCUGGUCUUUUUGCUAAAUUCAUCACAAGCAAUGUAACUUGAAUAAUUCUGUUACCUAACUAUUUCUUUUCCUGAUCAAAACUGUGAAUUGCCCUAUUGUACAACACAAAGUUCUUUUGGCAAUCAAUCAUUCCAGCCACCUUCCCAAAAAAGUGAUUUUGUUUAAAUGGUCGACAAAACUGUCCCAAUAAUGCUCAGCUGCCAUACACUGGUAUACUGUAUGUAGUCAAAGUGUGAUUGAUUGUAUCUGUUUCAGUUCUUAGUAGACUUUUGAUAUCUUGUUUGUCUGCAGUACUAUGGAACUAGCUCGCACCUGCAUUGGUACCCCUUAUUACUUGUCACCAGAAAUAUGCGAGAACAGACCCUACAAUAAUAAAAGGUAGAUGCUCAUGCCUUUUUUGUUGUUUACUGUAAGUUACUGUCAAGACUUGCCACACUUAUGAAUUGCAACUGUAAGUUAUUUCGAUGUUUUAUUUUUCAGUGACAUUUGGUCUCUUGGAUGUGUCCUGUAUGAAUUGCUGACUUUAAAACAUGCUGUAAGUAAUUUCAUUUACCAUUAACGAAUUUUUGUCUGUAAGUGCUGAAUCAAUCUUUUCAUAGAGACUCACCUAAAUAAACUUCAGAGUCACAAUCCUGACUAAACUUAGUUCAUGUACAAUUAUUGUAUAUGUUACAGGUCAAAAUUAAAUUCAGGUUGCCAUUAAAAUUUUUGAACUUAGGUUGAUUCUCAAUUUCCUUUGUGUCCUAGCUUUAAUUAUUGAUGAAUUAGGUUUAGGAGACAAAGGAAACUGAGAAUCAGUUUUGACCUGUAACAUAAUGUACACAUAUAAUGCACAAUUGUAGGUAAGUUUUUGCAUGGAAGGUGCACAUUCUUAACACACUGGGCAUUUUCAUAUACCAUUCAUUUGAAAGCUAUCUAAAGAAAUGAAUUGUUUUAUCACUUUGAAAAUGCAGAGUUCAUUGUGAUAUUCUUGGUAGCUUACAUGUGCUAGCCUAGUACUCUCUCUUGCAUGUAUUUACGCUUAUGUAUUUAUGACAUUGGGUGUGAUUAAAUCAUGUCUGUGCCUUAAUGACUAAAUGUUAGUUAUUUUAAUACUGCUGUAUAACACUUGUGGGGUUGUCCUGACAGCAAGUGUUCUAUAGUAAGUUGGAUGCUGUUAGCAAAAAGGAAAACAAAACAAACAAAAUGAAGGUGGUGUUUUAUUUUUAAAAUGAAAGAAAGUUUUAACCAUAACAAUAGAAUAUAUGCAUGUACAAACUAUCUAAGAUGUGCACUAUUUAACUGGCCAGUUUCAUUAUUGUCAUUUACUGACGUGAUACCAGUCGACAUAAAUUAUGCCUUGUGGCUUAAGCUUUGAGUCUUUUAUUUUUAUCUUUUUAUCACAGUUUGAAGCUGGAAAUAUGAAGAACUUAGUUUUGAAAAUUAUAAGGUACAUAUGUAAGGCUGUAUAUUUCCACUAUUCCAUUCACUUUUACAUGGUUUACUGGAAUUCCUAAAUAAUAAUCUGAUUAUCAAGUGAGUUUUGAUUGUGAAUACACUUCACCAGAGAUUCCAAUCCUGGCCACUAAAUAAAGGGAGGUUUUUGGAGCAGCUACCAGUGCUGAAGGCGUGAUCCUCUAGGGGAGUCCAGGGGUAUGUUCCCCUGGGAAAAAUUUCAAGUUAUGUACCUCUAAGAUGCCAUUUCCUGCAUUUUGAGAUCACAGUCAAGGGAAAUGCUGUGCCUAACAUUAUCACAGGCUCAUGCUUGGAUGACAAAAGGGUAAAAAUGGCUGAGAAACCACUAAAAAUGCCAAGGAAUCGUGCUAAAAAGACUGGUUAAACAAAGAAACGUUGUCUUUCUUUGGCUAGGAAGAGUUUCAAAAACCAGGAGAAUACUUAAGCGAGAACAGGAGUCUCGAAUUUAUUGCCGAAAACAGGAGGUUUCCUGCCAAAAUGGGAAGGUUGGAAUCUCUGCUUCAUGUACUGACAUUGUUAUUCAUGAACUAAAAACACAAUUUGAAGAAUUAUUUUGAACUAAAACUACUUGACAACUUGUGUGUGUAAUGAUUGCAUGACAUUUAAUGGACCUUUUUACUGAUACAGCAGCCAUAUUGAUUUAAUUUGAUUUAAGGAGUAUAAUGGGAUGCCCAGAGGGCAUGAGCAAGAUCCAUUAUACUCGCUUAGCAUUAGAAAUAUGGUUUGUCACUCUAUAUUUCUCGAGGAUAAAGGCAGUCAUUAUUACAUCCAAACGAAUCGAUCCAAACGAUCUUUUUUCCCUUUACUAUCUUCUUCUAGGAAAACUUUGGGAAGGCGCACGCGCGUUAAUACUAAGUGAAUAUGUCGCAAUGUGCUCAUGCCCCCUGGGCAUCCCAUAAUACUCCUUAAAUCUAGCUUAUAUCAGUAAAAAGGUCUAUUGCAUAUGCUGAUUUGGACUUAAUGUAAUAAUAAUUAUGCUACUGCUACAUGUAAUGAGUUAAAGUCCUAUCAAGAAUUCAACAUGUAUACUUGUUCAAUGUCUCACCAGGGGAUCAUACCCACCCAUUCCUUACAAGUAUAGUGCUGAUAUCAGAGGACUGGUUGCACAGAUGCUGAAACGAAAUGCUCAGUAAGAUUAUGGAAAUGAUGUAGAUUUCUGGUUAUCAUAUUUUUUUUCUUUUUCUUUCUUUGAUAUCACUUACUGUGUUUACUUUGGCUUCACAAUUGUAUAUAAAGCAAUACAGUGUGAACUGCUCAUAUGCAAUUGUGGAUCCCAGGUAUGGCACACAAAGUAGAUGUGGCCAUUGUGAUGAUGAUUGUCUCUAUUCUGCAGUGACCGUCCUUCUGUCAACUCAAUUCUAAAGAAACCAUUCAUACAAAAAAGGAUUGAAAAAUUCUUAUCUGAAGAGGUACGAUAAUGAAAAGUUUAUAAUUUACAUGUAAUAUUGCAUUCUCAUUCAUUACAUUGUCUCUUCAUAGUAACUAGUGCCCUUUAACACUGGUGGGGUUGUCACUGACAAUAUGGGUACUAUACAGUAGUAAACUGGAUGUUUUUAACACAAAGGAAAAGAAAACAAACAAAGGGAAGGUGGUGUGUUAAAACCAAAGAAAGUUUAGCCGUACAUACAUGUAUGCACAAAUUUUUGGUGAGAGGGUUUCGGGUUGUUGCAAAGCUAAGAUAUUUUUAGACUUAAGUCAUUUGACUGGUGAACUUAUUUCAGGUUAUGGCAGAAGAGUUCAGCCAUACUGUGAUUCAUCGCAAGCCACUGGGAGUGUUUGGUCAGCAAAGAAUUCCACCUAAACCUGUUAAACCAGCUCCUGGUUAGUAAUCAUUAUUAAGUUAAUGUUAUUAUGGAUACUUACGGGCCACUUAGACAAAGCUGGCCAAUCAGAUUAGAGGAAAAUAAUGAUAAAUUCCAAUAAAGUUACUUGUGGGCCAAUCAGCAGCUUGCAAAAAAAAAAAAAAGUUACUCAAAGCACAGCAAACGUUUUUCAAGAAAGCAAAGUGUUUCAACAAACAAUGUUUUUGUACAUGUAUUCAAAACUUUACACAAAAAAACCCAGGAGACAAAUUUGUUUGACCCAAGUUGUUAUUUUGUCAUCUACCAACAAUUUCACAUCAGAACCUCAAGUCAAAAAUGUGCUGUCACUACAUGUAACGUUUUUGUUUUUUGCCUGCAUCAUUCACUCGAAUGGACCUCUUAGGAAACACAGACCUUCUUCAUUGGGUUCAAAGGUCACGUCUGUAGGUUGUAAUUGGUUGAUUUUGAUCCAUGUUGUUUGUUUCGAUUAUGAUUGACAACUAACUUUCUCGGAAUGUAUUGUUAUUUUCCUGUAAACCAAUUGGUCAAAUUUGUCUAGGUGGCCCCAGUUGUAGUACCAGCACCGUUACAGUAUCUAGCUGAAAGGAUAUUUUGGUGGCAGCCAUAAAAUCAUGUAGAGGGACAUUCAAUAGCUACACGAAGAUGCUUGUCAAUGUACAAGAUUUAACUUUUAAAGGAGGUAUUAAGAUGAUGUACAAUACCAGAUAUUAAUAAUGAUUACACUGACCCAUGUUUUUGUAGCACCACAAAAGUAUAGUGAUCCAAAAGCAAAGUACAGAGUAUCUGUUGCAAAGAAAAAGCAGGCACCUCCAAAGUAAGAAUCUAAUAAUAUUUAUUAUUUAGCUUGAUGUGCUGUGCAUCUGUCAUACAUGUAGUAAUAUUGUUAGUUGCUGGGUUUAGUAAUAUUGUCAGAAGCUGGUUGUUAUUAUUUUUUUUUCUUGAGUUUUGUCCCAGUAAAGAGUGGAAAGGUUUAUUAAAUUGCUGGACUGCAAACAAUAUUUUUCACUCACUUUAUAUCCCUACUGCUGCCUGUAAUUUGAACAGUUAUUCCAGAGGAUAUUUUGUGAGGGGAGGGGUAAAAUGCAAAAUGCAUGUACACUGGAGAUUGCACUUUCGGAUGAAUUUUUGAACUUUGCAUUUAGAAUUUUCCAGUCAAAAUGUAAACUUGUCACAGUAUUUUGGAAUCUUGGUUAUAAAUGUUACCGUCACUGUUGGUGCAUUUGUGUUGUUUGGUACAGUUACCACAGAAGCACCGGUGACUCAAAUAAUAAUAAAUCAGUGAAAUUUCUUUCUCAACACUUUUUUAAAUAUAAAAAAAACAUAUCAUGAAAAAUAAACAAACGUCGUAAGUAAAUAUUUAAAACAUGCACAUGUUAAGGAACUGCCUCCAUGGCUAAAAUUCUUUAACUGAUUUCUCAAAAUGCACUGAAAUGCACUUUUCAGAGAACCUAAAAUAACCUACUCUCACAUGCAGCUGAGCCAUUCAUUUUGAUCUAAUCUAUUAGCUCUUCUUUAAUUUUUCUUCCUCUACUCAAAUACAUUUUCUGGAGAACCCUUGGCAGUUCAAGGGUGAAGCUAAGUGAUAGGGCCUUCAAAGGAGGAGAGGGGAAUGUAGAAGAAAAGUUUUUACAUAACAUGUAUUCAUGGGUUUCAAUUUUAAAUUAAAGUAGCCAGCAGGUUAGAAAAAAGUAUCCGAUUGUAUCAAAAAGAGGCUUUUACGACUUUUACUCCCUUUCUUGUAGAGGGGUCUGGGUGUGUGCACCCCUUGAAAAUUUCGAAAUUUCAGUGCCCAAAAAAACGAUUUCCAGUAUUCUGAGCACUAAAUUGAGUACAAAAGAUAAAGUAUUUUCGAUAAAUUUGGACAAGUAACUGAUGCACAGUAAGUCCCAAACUUUUCUUAAAUAUUUUAAAUCUGAAGCAAAAAGUCUGUCUAGGUCCAGCAAAUUGAAUUUAAUAUACGUUUUGACAGAAUUUUCUUUAAUUUAAUAUUUUUUCCCAGCUUCUAGGGGUAAAAGUAGCCGACUUCUCUGAGCAAAGUAGCUAACCUGUUUUGUCGGUCGUCAGUGCUUAUUGAAACUCCUGUGACUGUAUUUCCUGCCCUGUGGUUUAACUGUCUUUCCAUGUUUGAAUUAUUUUACAGGAGGCCCAGCUCAGGAGAGGCAAUGAAAAAACCUUCAAAACCAAGCAAUGCAGCACAAGACAGACCUGCUAAUGACAAAAAGAAAGAACCUGAUGCUCGUGAGAGAAGACGUAAAGAAAUGAUGCAAAACCAGGUUUGAUUACUUUAUAACUUCUUGGUUUCUACAUAAUAUUUUUCCCGACCUUUCAACUUUUACUAAAGUUAGACUUCAAAGUUGUUGCAUUAAUUAAAGAAAUUUUGAUAAAACAUGUUUAUAUUUCCUCUUUAGGAACAAAUGUACCAGGAUUAUAUGAAAAAAGUUCAACAACAGAGAUGGGAGCGUCAACAGGUACUUGAACGAGGCACAACACUUUACUACUGAAAUAACCUGAGUCUAAUCCGGAUAAUAUUAUCAUAAACCAAUGAGUAGUGUACACUUAUAGUGUUCUUAGGUCCACUGUUUCUCAACAUUCUGUUUGUCUUUUUUAAGCAUUUACUGUAGCUUGGUAAAUAUUAGUCUCUGAGUAACCUCUCCAUUUGAGGAAAUCGUGAGAAGUCAAGCGUAAGCAGCAUUUGAAAGGAGAUGCCAGAGUAAAGUGCUCGCUUGCUCUGGCAAGUUAUUUAAAUAUUGUCCAAAUGAUUGUACUUGAUAAAUAGAGGCCUGACAGAACUUAUGAAUCACUUGCUUGUCAGCGUGAACAGAUCAAUAGAGCGAGGGAACAAGCUUGGAAGAAUACACUUAGUGUAGGACUCAGCCCUGAGGUAAUAAUUAUUAUUUAUUAUUUAAUGUACACUGUGUACAUAUUAGGUUCUAGUUGGAUUGAAACCUAAGUUUGAAUCCCUGAAUGUACGGUGUAGCUCAGUCUACACUCGCAUUCCAUUUUGCUUGUAAACCUUAAGAAACUGAAAGUUCUCCAAAAAGCGAAAGAGGAAAAUAAAACGUUUAGCACUUUGGGCGUGCAAAUGUUACGGGUCGAAUUUGAUUUCAGGUUAAUUUUGAUCUAACCUUGGUUUGACUUUUUUAACCUAGGUUAUUUAUAGGGUACUGUUAUUUAGUCAUGCAGUAAGCCAUAUAGCAUUGAUGUGUUUGUACUAAAUUAGCCUGCGUAGCAAGCGUUUCCGUUUGGUUUCGGAGCAAAAGGAUACUUUCGCUCUUUUACUUGCGUCACUUUUCGCGCGGUCUUUGACUCUUGUUCCUCAUUCUUUGCUCCUAAACCGCACAGAAACGCUUGCUACACAGGCUAGUACUAACUCUAAGGUAAUGCUAGCCACUCAUAUCAUAUCUACAACACUACAGAGAUCUGUGGUCACUUUAUGUAUAGAAAUAAAUGUCAUUUUCCUAUCCGAAAACCUCUUAAUAUAACGCAAUAAACCAUUACCGAGUAAAUAAAUAACAAGGGAAAUCAUCUAUUCCAUUAAGUACUGCAAAGACAUUUCGCCUCUGCGUAACACUAUUCAGCUUUAAACAACUGAAUUAAGUCAGUCAAACUUUCAAACUGCCAACAAUACAUGUACAUCUGUACAUCCUAACUUGACCCAACUUUUCUUGAAAUGGAUGAUUCAGUAAUGUCUGUUAUGAAGAAUAAAAAGGUGAAAUAGAAUUAACGUUUUUAAUGAGUUAAAAUUUUGCUAACAAUGUAUGUCAUAGGUAAGCAUGAGCGCGUCCUUUUAGACUUGCUGCAAUUUACAGAGUUACGCAAUGCAAUAAACACUUAAGUGGUGAGAGAUAUGGUGUAUAAGCAAUCACUCGUCACAACAAAUGUCAGUCACUGUCACUAUCAACAGUCCUUAUUCGGGACUCCAUUCACCGGACAAUCAUAUUCAACCUACUUACACUACACUCAUAUGAAAUGUGGUCACUAAGUGAGAACAGUAAUUACGGAAAUAUGCACUGAAAACUGCAAUGCAUUCUCUUGAGAGACUGGGAGACUGACGUUCCAGAAAUUUAUAAAAAUGAUUAGAGAGUGUACGACAAAGAACUACCACACUAUAGUCUGCAGAAACAUUCGUUCAUAAUUUAGUCAUUCGUGAACACAUUUAUUAGUGACGUUUGAGUGAAAUAUCUUAUUUUCAGGAUUUUGAUAUCCCAGCAUGCCUGUUUAAGCUCCAAGACUUUUGUCUUCACUCUGGUUUUGUUCUUAAUACCUGUGCUCAAUUGAUUGACUUGAUUCUCCUAAUGCAAGAAGCCGCACUUUCCUCUCACCGGGUAUGAUUGCACUUGAUGUGACACGUUUUUGAACUCUCAGUACCAACCAGAUAUGACUGCAAACUAAUCUAUAAACUUUCCUUGAAGUAACAAGUGCAGCCACUUUUGAAACUAAUGGGGAUUAACGUCAAUAACAAAAGCUGUCUGUUAACUCGUGUAAAAUAAAUUUGCCUUGCCUUUAACCUGUAAACAACAGUAAAUUAUAUUAAGGUUAUCGCUUGUAACUGUGUUUAAAUUCAUAUAACAUGCAAGUAAAGUAUCAACUAAAUGCUCGAUGAGACCCGGAAGCAGCCAAUCAGGACAGUGUAUUUACGGGUGAAGCAGCCAAUCGGGAAAGUGUAUUUACGGGUGAAGGGCAAAGUAUAUGGCAAGAAGUAAGGGAAUCCCUGGACUCUAAAUUCCUACCGAGCCGCAGUUCCAGAAGCUUUUCAAUCUCUAUAUAUGAUUGGUCAGAUUUCUGGCCAAUCGGAAGCAGGGUUAUUUUCAAGUUGAAAAUCUGGCUCGCAGAAGCUAGUGACAAGUGACUCUUCCUUUCUUGCCUCAAACUUUGUCUUUUGCCCGUGGAUAUCCCGUACUGAUUGGAUACUUCAGAUUCUCAGAGGAUGCAGAAAACUAAUCAUAACUGUAUUAUAAAGAAUUCAAAACGUAUUACAAUAUAAAUUGCUGUCUUCAUAUAACUUAAAGUACUAUUAUUCCAUUUACUGCCCUUGCAUUUUAUCAAUUUAUAUCAAAAUGCACUGGUCUGGCCAAAUAGUUUUUUUCUUCUUGUUCUCAGUAAGAAGGCAAGUCCUUGCGCUCGCUCCACUCGCUAUUUCAAGGGUUCUUUUCUUAGUCCGGUAGAAUGUAAAAUCGUUUUGUGGCAAUAAAAAGAGAGUUGACUGUCACAGUGAGAAUAUCUUAUUAAAGAAAUUCUUCUCGUUCCCGUACUGGUAUGCAGGGAAAUUAAUCGGUCAAGAACAGGUUGAAUAUGAUGGUCUGCGUGGGGGAGUGUGGUCUUGAUUAGGACCAAUUAGCGUACAAUCACCUAGUCCAUAAUAUUAAAAUAAUAAGCUGCUUGCAUCAAAUAUUACUUUUAAUAUUACUAUUUGGGACAGAGUAAACUGAUCUGAAGUACUGGAGUUAAUUGGUGUUCAUUUAUUGUUUCUGCUUUGUAGAAGGAGAAAAAGCCAUCAGCGGAUCCCUCUGCUGCAGUGAAGCCAAACCAACAGGAAAUAAUUGUAAGUAAUCAGCAUUGUACGUAAGGGAAUUAAAACAAAUAGGUUUUUGAAUUUAAAAAAGGUGAUUCGACAGAGUUCAGGACAGUCAUCUUCAGUGAGAGUUGACUAUUGAAACAACGUUUUUGCAAGAGAACAGAAAUUUUUCUGUUUGACUCUUUAACUCACGAUUGUUAUUGUUGGAUUUAAAAUGAAUGGCAAACUGAACGGAAUGUAUAGUGCUAUAGAGGCCAGCUAGUCAGUCUACAAUGCAGACUGGUGUGACUUUAUCGCACCUAGAGGUACGAAGUUUUGCGAGAGAUGUAUUUCUAGUCGCAAAGUGCACGGUAAGAGGGAAAAUCUCGCGGCAAAAAGCUGUGAUUGUUUUUCUAAUUUAUUUCUCGUAGAAGAAGGCGCCACAGGUAAUGCAAAAAUAUCAAGGAAAAGUAGAAGACCAGGAAUCAAAAGAGAACAAACCAGCCCGACCAGUGUCAGCAGACGAAAGGCAUCGACAACCAGCUGUGAAGGUGGCUGGUAGGCCUGUUUCGGCAAAUGACGCGAACAGGGCACCACCUGCUCGACCUGCUAACUUGGCCUGGAAUGCAGCUAAGCAGGGUGAAGUAGACAGGUAAGGGGGUAAAAAUGGGUUAAUUUGCCAUGCAUCAGUCUCCUCAGUCAGUCAGUCCGUCUCCUCAGUCUUGGGUACUAGGUGAGCAUGUAUGAACAAAACCUAAAAAGACAGUUCUUUGGCAGUUUUUUGUUUCACUGCAUGUGUUGUUGAUAUAAAUCUGAAGAUUUACUUCGCCGUCCGUCCCAGGAUCCUUCGCUAUUGUUGCUUGGGACGCGUCGGGGAAAACUUUGACAAAAAAGUGUUGCAUUGGAAUAAACUGUUAAAAAAAAUCUUUUUUUUUUAUUUGUGUAGAGCCCAAGCCGCUGGUGCAGCGGAGAGAGCGCGUGUUUUGGAAGAGUUCUGGAACAGAAAAAGAGCCGCUCAUAGGAAUAAAGCAAGAGGACAGGUAAAGCAAAUUCCCCUUUCAUAUUGGACGAUUUUCUUGCGUUUGAAAAGGCCGUCUGUAGCAUGAUUUCUGUUGGUAUUUUUGUUGAUGCACUUUGGUGGCGAUGUUUAGGGAGGUUUUCUUGCGACUGUCUGAUGUCUUUGGGGCAGUUGCCAAAGUGCGUGUACUUUUUAAGCUGCAUAAAUAUUGGAAAACUGCAAUAAUACACGCGCAAUUUUACUGUAACCGAUUGUUCCUGCAAUCGCAGCAAAAAGCGCCUCCGUGUAAGCAAGCCUUUUUCAAAUACCCACUGAUUGUUUUUUAUUCCCGUUUUUGUUUUCUUUCAGAAUUUUAAUGUUCUUCCCGAUCAUUAUCCACCAGGUUGGUGUAGAAAUGUUGUAGUUGUUGCUGUUGUUGCUAUACGCGAUGUUCAGUGCUUUGCUUUGUUUUGACACGUAUGGGAUAUCUUUUUUGCUCAUUUAUUUGAAGAUAUCACAAUUGGUAAUCCUUUCAGACGAUGCGCGAAAGAAAACAAAGGUUUAAGUCUAAAGAAACAUCUGAAUUCAGUUACUUAAAACGUAACGUUACAACUUUUUUAGUUUGGCGUUAGAUAAAGGUUUGACUGGGUUUAUCGUUACGUCCGAAGUCAAGAUUUAUACAUCUGCCAACCAUAGAAAAUACCCACAGGGCACUGGGUCGUGACUAAGUUUCGUUUUUACCUUACUGGAUGAAGAGAUUUUGUCAACUCAUCAGAGCAAUCGUAACUUUUAAAAAAAGCUGCCAGUGUAAGAAAGCAUUUAAGCGUAAAAUUUUGGCAUUUUUAGUUUAAAAAAUUACUGUGGGAAGGCCGAACCACAGGGCAGUAACUAUCGCUAACGUUUUUUCUAAAACGCGAAAAUAGCGGAGUUUCUUAAGAAUAUAUGGUGAUAUAAAGGGAAAUUGUUGUUUGAUUGUAAUAUUGCUGUUUGUAUCUCAGUGACUGGAAUGUGCAAACGUUUUCCCUGGCUGGGCGUGUAGAACUUUAAGCCAUCUUUGUCAAACAGUUACAUAUUUUUUUCGAUACCUCAAAAAGUACCUUUCUUUCGAUGGCAAACUAUGAAAGUACCCGACGUUAAUUCCAUUAUUUAUGUUUGCAGCAAAUAUUGCUCGUCCAAAAGGUGCUAUUUCAGCAAAGGAUGCACAAGAAAAGGUAGUAACUUGAAAGAACUCUCGAGAUCUUAUACCAGUAUUGACAGACAGUUAUCGUUCUUCUUCUUUUGUUUUCAUUUUAUAAUUACAAAUUCUCUUAUUUGCUUUUUUCAGGAGUAUCUUGCACGUUUGGAAGCCAUUAGGCGUCAAAAUUUCCAAGAACGAAAAGAAAUACAAAGACGAAUGGCAGGCGUACGAGCUCCCGUGACUCCCUCCGCUCAGGUUCUACAUCAUUUUGUGGGGUUUUCUUUAUUUUCUGUUCCAUGGAAAUGGACUUGUUGGCCACAACACGCUAGUUAUUGAUUUAUUUUAAGCCUUAUGAGGCUUAAGUUUUUUUUUCAUUUCUUGUUUUUUUCACCAGCCACCGAUCAAAUGUUGUUUAUUGUUUACAAUUCACUUGACUAUGCAGAAACACCUUCUUUUUCCAUGUCUAGUACCCGUGCUCAUAUUAGGCUGCGAGACGGCUCUCUUCUGGUAAUUCUUUUCAUUCAGUUAGUGUCUUAAUGGUAGGAAUCAUUUAACUACUGGUUUGCCGUAGAUCAGGCGGGUAUAUUCUUGGAUUUCGGUCAUUGAGCACCCAGUCCUUCUAAACUUCAAAAGGACCCGACUAAUUUUGAUUCACUUUUGAUGUUACGUCUCCUUCCUAACAAGAUCAUUGCACAUGAUGCUGUAGCCUCUCCUCUUUUCAGACUUUUUUUUUGUAGACUUCUCUUUUUCAUUCCUUUGUAUAAAAAGGAAGAUCCAAAAUUUUUAAUUAACCAACUGUUUUUUUUUCUCGCUGGCGAUGGAGUUUGCGACAAACUUGGAGACGAAAACGGAAAAUAAUGUGUGGAUAACACCUAAUCCGCGCGGUGUUAUCGCGUACAAGUUGGUGAUUUGGUUUUUCUUGCAGAAGGAGAAUGUAAUGAUUCAAGGUGAUCCACGCUAUGAUCCUGACGCUAGAAAAAAGAAAAUCGCCGAUCUGAAGGUAAAACAACCUUUAAGUAGUGUGCUAGGCUCGCCUGCAGUGAAGCCGUAUUUUGCGGGCGAACCAGCGCUCAGUAUUUCUCGUACAGAUAGAGGAAAAACUGAGUAAAUGGAGUUAAAGUAACGGAGCGUUGGGAUGAGACUACUCCACCACCACUUAAAACAGUUUGUGAAUGGCUGGCUUGUUAGUUCUACACUUGAACCUGUGUUGAUACCCUGUGUUAAGAGGACACCCUGUGUUAAGUAGCCGCGUGCAUCAUUGAGUCGCACCCAAUAUUCCAGUAUCUUUCUUUAAAUCGGACCUGUAUUAACUGGAAUAGGGACUGGGUCCCACUGGUGUCCCUCCACCAAACUAAAACAGCUUUCACUGUAUUUGGCACGUUUUAGAACCAGGUGAUCGUCGUUUUUCCGUCCAUUUUUCACUUUUUCUCAUUUCUCUUCUUCUUUCCUUCCCAUUUGUUUAUCUUUUUUUUUUCUCAAGGCCCAGGCAGAGGAACGAGCUGCUGUGUUGCGAGCUCAGCUGGAAGAAAGAAAGAAGGCGAUUUUGCAGAGAAUUAACCAAGAAGGAAAAGAAAAGCUUGAAAAGGUUUUAUAUUAUUUUGCCCUCUUAUUGAAUCUCCUGUCACUUUCCAUGUAGUUUUGGAUGUUUUUUAUUGCGUUUUAGCAGCUGACUAUUUUAACUGAACAGUUUCGUUCUCGAUGGAAAGAAACAGCCAAACCGAAUGCUCUGCCUCUGAUGGGAGUCAAAACCAUGACCGUCUGUUCUGUUUGAAGUGUGCUCUCUUGUGCAACAGUUUAAGAUUUCAACUUUUUUUUUUAAAUUUUAGGAAAACCAAAGAAAAGAUGCAGAUAAAAGGUAGGAUUCAGAGUUGAAACCUUUUUUUUAUAGAAAUUCAUAAAUUUUUAACCUUUCUAGUGGUCAAGUUUUUCAUGCAGGGUGAAAGGUAAGUAAUUAAUUCUAAACUUUAUUGUUUAAAAACACCAGAAGAUACUAAAAAACAAUUAAACUAAAAAGAAAUAUUAUUCAUGUCAGUAGUCACAAGUCACGCUAUAGGGUUUGAUACAGUUGCCAAAAGAGUUAGAAUCCCAGGAAAUAUUCUUUCUAGCAUUCCACUCACGGGCUUGUUUUUGCUGGAAGCAAAUAUAAGAAACGGCGUAUUGAGAUUUCGGCAAUCUAUUUAGGUCCACCUCGAUGUCUAAGAGAUACAUUAAUUCUUUGCUCUGUUUGUUGUUUAACAGGCCACUUCCAGUUCUUGCGAAGUAUGAGAGACCCGCAGGUGUGUCAGUAAUGUUACUUAGUGCAAUCGUGUUUUUGGAAUUAAUUCACAUUUCCUCUAUCGGUGAGAUCACAUCCUAGUUUAUGUUGUUUAUUUUAGAGCCUGCACCAAAGCCUGUAGUUGCACCAGUUGGUCUUGAGACAGCCUUGAAACAAGUUGGAGCUACCCAACUGUUCAGAUCGAAUUCUGAGGUAAGGCAAUCUUCAAUAGUUUGAGGUUUAUAUUACUCAUUGACACUGAUCGCUAGACGUCCGCCAAGAAAAACUUGCAGUCAUGUUUGGUCGAUUGUCAGUCACUGUCAUGAAAACUUGCUUGAAUCUGAGAUGAAUGUGCUUUACCUACCCUGGAAUCUGAAACACCUAUUCCUUUCCUUUCAACCGAGGAAAUGAUGGAGACGGACUAAAUUAAGACUGAGAUUUGGUGUUUUGCCGAAGUUUUGCCUUGCUUUUGUAGGAAAUAUAUACAUUUUUCUUUUGUAACUAUUGCAGAACGACAUUCGCAAAAUGAUUGAGGAGGAAAAGGUUGAACCACUCGCGCCGCGCAAAGCCUGGGGAGAUAUUCCAUUUCAGCCUCGCCUCCUGUCAUUGGAAGUCACGGCUUCGGCUAUGGAAGGUAUACUGAGGCAUAUUUCAUUGACAAGUUAGAGACAGGAUCCAUUUAUUAUCCUUCUUUUCAUUAGGCUAGCGGCUAGGGAGCAAAAGUGAAAUCUAGGUUUAUGAAGCAUAUUUUUUAAAGAGGUUAUCACGUUUAAAAGACAUCAGAAUGUUCCUUAAGUUACUAGAGAGUGGUAACUGUUCCUGGUUCAUAGGCUGUCUUUGUAACUGAUAAUCAAAAUUUGUCUGUUGCAGCAACCAGCCAAAAUGACGCUGUAUUCAAACCAGGAGUAGAGGCAGCCAGAAAACAGUGGGGCCAACCGCAAAUGACGCAGAUAAUUUCUGCUUUCGGUAACGCUCAACUUCAAACAGCAACAACGACCAUUGGUCCUGAUGAACCGGACGCUGGAAAGAAAGCUCAACUUCCGGUCGUCAAGCAGUCAUCUGGCACUGCGGUCGGUUCAGCUAUGGGUACAACUGUCACGGUACAAAGUCCUACUGUCACACCACAGUUAGGAGUGACAGUGGUUAAGUCUUCCACCUCAGACUCUCCAAAGACUGUUAUUGUGAGAAAGGAUAAGAUUGACGAGAACAAAGAGGAGAAUUCUCAAGCUCAGGCUACCAUUACGCUAUCCGGGAAACCAGAAGAAGAAAUGAAAACACCUGUCGCCUUGGAAACUAUUUCAGAGGGAACUAAAGAGACCGACAAAGAAGACACCACUGUCCAGACUGAAAAUACCGAUGAUAUUGGUGUAGAAGACGUGGAAGAUGUCACUGAAGAGAAAUUGCCGGAAGCCGCGAUAGGUGAGAAAUCAGCUCCAAAAAGCCCCCUGAAGGCCUGGGGUGAGGUAAAGGAGAACACGUCAACUGAAGGUAGGACAUCUCUAUAACGGCUGACCCCCAAAUGUCGACACUUCUACAAACAAUGACCUUCGCUACAAGAGUGACCUCCUCCACUUCUCUUAACUCGGUUGAUUCAACCUUCUACUUGUUAGUCUACUGAUGAAAAUUAGUAUGAUUAUUCAAAUAAAGACUGCUGAUCGAUACUAAAACACACCAAGCAGUACUUCUCUGUGUUACUGCACGCUAUAAGUACUGUACAACAGGUUUCUUACUUUUCUGCCAAAUAAGCUUAGCAAUACUAGAUUUAAUUCUAGGCCGUGGCAGCAUUGGUAUCUUUUGUUUUGAACGUGUGUACUUUGUUCUCCCGUUAACUUUUUUCCCAAAUCACUAAGCCCUUUUCUAUCAAGAGGGUCGUUGUUUUUUCCAUUUCCUUGCAAAAUUACAACUAAUGUUACAUUUUGGGAGAAGUUAUUUGGCUUGCGGCUUUGCUUUCGAAGCCUUAGUUACGGCUAUGAUUCUUACCCCUUUACGUUCAAGGUACAUCAGAGGGCAAAACUGCCGCAAAACCAAGGGAGGAGCCUUCGUUAUCGGACAGCAGAGCGGCUUAUCAAGAAUUCCUGAUCGCUUCGCGUAAUAAGCAGGAGGAGAAAGAGACCAAGGAAGCUUUGUUCGAACGAGUUGAACGUAAAGAAGACAAGAAAGAAAUGGAGUCCGAGAAUCUUGAAGUGCAGGACGUAUCACUUGAUGAAUUGUGAGUAUUUUUACACGGUUAGGACGCAACGUUGUUGUUUGUAGUGAUGUCUUUCUUUUCUGUGGAGAGGUUUUUGUUUGAACGUCCUAAAUCAAGUGAAUUUAAUACUCCAGCCAAUGAUUCAUUCCUUUCUCCCCACACUAAGAUACUUGGGCGCGGGCGAGAAACUGCCUUAUGGUCACCUUCAAGUCACCUUUUAUGGUCGGGAGCGUACUCAACAUGGACGACGACGGAAGUGAAAACUCAUCUAAAAAACUAAAUUCAGAUGAAGUUUGAAAGUACGCAUAUUCACUGACAGUUUCGCUCCCGCCGCAGUGGUGGUAUCUGUAGCUGUUCCCAGCUAUACAAAUACGACGUAUCAUCACUAAAUUUAAAGUUUUCUUUAACGUGAACCUCAAGGCGUCUAAGCCUCUCGGAAGCGCCGGGUCCCUCUCUUCAGCUACAACUAAAUUUCCUGACUCUUUAAUAACUGAAUGAGUAGGAAUAAUCGCAGAGGACGCGAAUGCAGGUUUUCGGUGACGUUUCAAGGGCGUCGCCGUUGUUGGUUCGUAAAUUCGCAGUACUAUAUUGAAGGUUUUAAAUAAAAUUUCAGAUCAUUCCACAACGCCGACGGAUCACCGAACAGGUCUUUGCGAGCAACAGAGCUGCAAACAGGAAUCUACGAUACAAAUUUCACGGUGAGCUACACUUGAGACUGGCUUAAGUGUUAAGUAUGAAAUUCGAAUGUUUAAUGUGCAGCUUGUUGUCUCAUUACUUUCAGAGUUCUCCAUCAGGGGUUUAAUUUAAUUCUCAGCGGGGAACAGGUUGAUCAGUAAUACGUUAAUCGCCCAAGUUUAGCUAUAACACAGUUCUAACGCUAUUUUAAGGGCGUCAUCCGUAUUCCCGAAUAAGAAUAAAAGAAAUAAACUCUGAAAAUCACUCGUCUUGGCUUUCAUCUGCUUGAAAUAAAAUGGCCGGAUGUAUAUAGCGUUUAAGAGGCCUAAAAAUCACGGUAAACUAGGGAAAUGAUUUGCAACAAAACUUUGGGGUAUUCUUAUUCCGGAAUACGAUCAGUCGAACGCACCCUAAUUAUUUUUGCUUCUGUGUUCGAAACUUUUUGCAGAGGUUAAGAACGUGCUCCCUCCCAAAUUUGAGAAUGUUAUUCGAGACUGUGCCUGCCGGAAACGUAGAAAAUUCAGCAGGAGAGCCGGGGGAUGAUGAAGAAGACGAAGAAGGUGUCGAUGAGGAGAAUGUGGGUGAACAAGAGGCCGAGGAUGACGAGGAAGAAUUGGAUGAAGAGGAAGUAGAUGAGGAUGAGGAAGAUGAAGAAUUAAAUGUUGGAAGGUAAAUCGUGAUAAGUUAGAGAAAGCCCUGAAAAACUACAGCUUAGCAUGAUGGUGCAGCAUCUGACCUCAUGGAGUAAUUCUCAUAUAACCUUGUCUCGCGCAUGUCAAAUGCAAGUUAUUAGUAUUAUUUAUGCUGACGUAAUUUUACUUCGCAAAACACUCGAUAUGCUGAAUACUUGUUACUAAUGUUGCUUUUCAGUGAAGAAGAAAACGAGGAAUUUGAAGACAUGCUUAACUCCAUGAGAGAUGUUCUCGUCAGCACAGGUAAACCAUAUUUACACUACCGUCCAAGGAAGAAGCAAACAACCAACAAUAACUCAACAACAACAAAAAACAUCACUGAAUACACAUCACCAUAUCACGGCUUUAAUCUGUUGCUUAUUGUUUUGCACAAGAAUGACACUAAGCCAUUGUUUUCUAGCCAUAUCGACCAACUCACGACUAAUGGAAGUUUGUAAAUAAACAAAAACCAAAUCCUUUAGUCAUGUUAUUUAAUGUUAUGUUUCAGGCCGUUCUCCAUCCCCCAUGAAAGGCAUGCGUGGAACAUCUCAUAGUUUAGACUGGGAUCACAGUGUGGAUACGAACGUCCCACAGGGUAACCAAGUUAACUCAUGUUUCAACAGUUUGUGCUUUGAGAUAAUAACGGCACGUUUAACCAAGGAAUAAUUGAAUGGAUUAUACGAAGGCGAUAUUAAGGGAAGAAUGUUAUUGAAAUGUUGUUUAGAGUUCUUCAAACAACUUACCAUUAUUUCCUUUCAUGUCAUUUGCCUCGCGAGAUUGGUUGGUUCAAGAACUGACUUAUCUGCAUUCUCAAGUCUAUAUGCAGGGCUCGAAAAAAAAACCCGUCUGGGACUAGUAGAUUUUCUUGCUAGGCAAGUAACGGAUCAAUUAAGGUUUUUGGGAAACUGCCCACCUACCUCUCCUCUAAGCCAACAUUUUGUCCUAAGCGAGAAGUAAGUGUAAAUGUUGGCUUAAGGAAGGGGUAGGUGGGCAGUUUACCAAAACCCUUAACUGAUCUCAAGUAACUUUAAAAGCCCACUUGCCCGCCCAAUGGGGGAGGGUCUAGACACGUCAUGCUCGAAAGAUAUCAUUAACUAACACAGCGAAGUUACUUCAUGUUAAUUUAAAAAUUGUAAAAUCGACACUGUUCAAAAGAGUCGUAACCGACGUUUCGGCGAUGCUGAACGAAACGUCGGUAAACAUUCUUUUCAACAGCGUCGAUUUUACAAUUUUCAAGUUAACAUUAAAUGAUUAACUAAGACGAGCAAGAAGUGGCUCCGUGAGAGCAGAAUGUGAGAGCUUCUUGCCGGCCCAUCGCAUCCUGAUGUAUCGUCUAUUAACUUAGGCCACAAAAAGAGUAUUUUUUUUUCUUGUCUUCUUAUUUUUUGGCCGUAAAAAGUAUGAUCAUGCACUGUCUCUCGGUGCAACCGAUGUUUUUCAGGAAAGGUACAUAUGAAUGUUGUGCCGGAAGGACCCCCGUGUAGUAUUUAUUACAAACGUGCUUGAACAGAAAAUUAACCCUGGGGUUAAAUUUAGGUCAUCUGGUGAGUUAAUUCUUCAGAGUUUUAAAAACGAGCUACAACGGUUUUUUUUCCACACUUACAGUCAGCUGUAGCAAGUAGCUAGGGAAAUGAUCGAGGCGGAGCCUGGAGUGAUGGGGCUGUGGGGGAGAGUGAGAGAAGAAAAAAAACCUAAUAAGCUAACUGCAAUAUUACAACUCAAACUAAAAUGAAAUAUAAUUUUUUUCUUGCCUGAGAAGAUGAAUUUGACGGAGCGGAAAUGGGGCGAUCUUCCUCUGAGCUGUCCAACUUAAAUGAAGAUUGGGAUUCAGGUAUGAAAAUGGAAAUCGGAAUCAUUUUUUAUUAAUAAGAAAAUAGACAGUCUACGAAAAACCAAAAUAGAAAGUACCUCUGCCUGCCUGUAUCCAAUAUGUUCUUGAAACUCCGAGGUGAAGCAUUUUUCUUAUAAUCCCACUGCAAAGAUUUCACGCAACGUUUAGGUUUGCCUUGGUCAUUAGUUCAUAAGUAUCACAGUCUACUGUCUCUAAGAGUAGACGGACACCUUUAAAAGCGGCACUGUGUCCGUCUUUUAGAGAGUCAACUGAAAAGAGUAAAGAAAAGCAGUGACCAACUCUAGGUGUCCGUUUUAGCGAGGUGUCCUUUAAAAGAGGGUUGUACUUUAUAACCAUGGCGACUUUUCCAAUUAUUUCAAAUAACAUCGUUGUCGUUAACUGAGGCUGUAGGGCUUCACUCAGCCUGGUAUAUAAGGUCGAAUUUAGGUACUGCAAAGUUGUAGUUCCGUUAAUUACUCUAUUGCUUUAAAUUUUUCAAUUCCAGGUGAUGACGAUGAUGACGAGGAAGACUCGGCCAAAAAGGAAGAGCGAGAGAGGAAGCGGCAGGAGGAAGAGGAGAGUUUGUUCCACAGACUUGAAGAGUCAAGGCUGAUGCUGGAGCAGGAAUUAGGAUUCGACAAGUUUUUGCGAGUAUACAAAUAUCUUCAGGUAUAAUAGUAACAUUCAAUCGAUUCUAAAGAACGAAAGGUCGCUAAGGUUCGAAUUAGUACCUCUCCAAAGCAUUGCUGGGGGUUUAUCAUGGUAGUGCCGAGUUCAAUCAAACUCAAUCAUAUUAGGCUGAUUUAGCGACAGAACGAGAUCGUCAGUUGAUGACGGCGUGCGCAUAUCAAACAACUGUCAAACAACUGGCUUGACCAAUGGAGAGCGGCAAACUGCUGGCACUGGAUGUAGCGUUUAGUCCUUUCCGCGCGCUUUCCCGUCGUCAACUGACCUUCCCGUUCUGUUGCUAGACCAAAACGGCGAACUGGUCUGCGUCGUGCCUGGUGCGUUGAAAGUCAGCAUGCAUUAUUUUUUGGUAUAGUUUACUCAGCAGUGUUAGUGACCUUGAGUAAAUAGAAUAAAUUCACCUAUCCCUCUUCUUAUUUAUUUUGUCCUGUCUGCCGUUACUUUGUCGUUGUAUACGCAACUUCUCUUUUAAUGCCGGUUCAUGUUCUGGUUGUUUUCAGUCUAUUCAAGAAAAUGAAGAUGACAGUGCAGAAAUUUCUAAUGCUGCCGAAAUCAGUGAACUACUGGGAGAUAAAGAGCACCUGUACCCCAAAAUACUAUACCUUGUUAUCGCGGAUUCCGCUUACUCAGAAGGUCUGUGA